UGGAACAUGGAAUGGGGCGAGAGAGGCAACCGCAGCAGCCCCAGCCGCCCGGAGAGUCCCUGGUGCAAUGAAUCCCGCUGCGACCAGAUUCAGCCCACAGAAGAAUAAACCCAGCAGCACUCACGCUGGCUAAUUUUAGCUAAUAACCACACUACCUGAUUGCUGUGUCAGAAAGUGAGAGAUGGAUAUGGCUUCCUUAUUGUGGCAUUGAACUGUAUACAUACUUCCUGCUUGGACUGCUCUCGCAAUUCAAACCCAUCAUGACAGGCUCUACUUCCAAUGCCCACCACUGCCCCUAUCCCAAGGGAGCCAAAGGGGGACGGUCAAGGAGCACUCAUGCACGACCUGUCAGCACUGCCAACAACGGGGGCUCGGAAGAAGAAGACAAAGAUGGAGGGGUGCUUUUCCUCGUCAAUAAAAGUGGCUUCCCUAUUGAUGGGCAGACCUGGGAGAGGAUGUGGGUGCAUGUGGCAAAGGUGCACCCUGCAGGUAGAGAGAUGGUGGAGACGAUAAGGAAUGCUGCAUACCUGGCUAAACCUUCAGUGCCACCAGUGCCAAACUACAGGCUCUCCAUGUCUAUCCCAGAAUGGCUUCAAGCAAUACAGAAUUACAUGAAGAUGCUGCAAUACAAUCACACAGGAACUCAGUUCUUUGAAAUUAGGAAAACAAGACCUCUAAGUGGGUUAAUGGAGACGGCAAGAGAAAUGACCAGGGAAUCCUUACCUAUCAAAUGCCUUGAAGCAGUUAUCCUGGGGAUAUACUUAACCAAUGGGCAGCCUUCCAUGGAACGAUUCCCCAUCAGCUUUAAAACCCACUUCUCAGGAAACUAUUUUCAUCAUGUGGUGCUUGGGAUUUACUGCAAUGGCCGGUACGGGUCACUGGGCAUGAGCAGAAGAUCAGAUCUGAUGGACAAACCUUUGACCUAUCGAACUCUGACCGAUCUCGUCUUUGAAUUUGAAGAUUCCUAUAAAAAGUAUCUACAUUCAGUCAAAAAAGUAAAAAUUGGAUUAUACGUCCCACAUGAGCCACACAGCUUUCAGCCCAUUGAGUGGAAGCAGCUGGUCCUCAAUGUAGCAAAGAUGAUGCGGACAGACAUAAGGAAGGAGCUGGAGAAAUAUGCCAGGGAUAUGAGAAUGAAGAUUCUGAAACCCUCAAGUGCCCACUCUCCAAUCAAAGAGCGAUCACGAGGCAAGUCACUGUCCCCUCGCCGAAGGCAGGUCAGCCCUCAGAGACGGGUGUGCAGAAGAGACAAAUCGCCUGCAGUGAUGGACAAGAAAGUGGGUGAUCUCACUACAUUGAAUGAAGUGGGCUAUCAACUACGCAUCUAACAAAGCCAUAGGCCAGAUGGAGGGCUUCCAUGGUGCUUCUCACUGCACAUUACCCUAUGCCCCGUUGAAGGAAGGGGGUGGGGGAAAAAAGAAGAGAAACUGGGACUAUUUAUUAAGAACUUGUGGAUUUUAUUUAAAGUUUCACCUAGAAAAUAGAAAUUCUAGAAUGACUGCAGUAUUAUUUUUUUUAAUUCAUUAAGUGACAUCAAUGAAAAACUAAAUUAUCUUCAACAGGAUUUCUUCCCCGCAUCAAACAGGAGGGAACUACUGUGGUGUUUUUGGUUUUGUUUUUUUUAAUUUAAAUAAUUGUUUACUCUAUUUAAUUGGCUUUGAAUAUUGUGCUCCAUUGGUAGUAUUAGGAGUGGUGAUAAAAUGAAAUAUUUCUCGUUAGUGUUAACGUGCUGGGGUGCAGUUGGUUUAAACAUCAAGUCAAUAUUUUUUAUUCAGCAAUAAAAUAGCAGUGCAGAGGUGGAUGUGACUUUUUAAAGUGUCUAUUACCUCAGUAUAUGAGAUAUGCAAAACUGACAAUUUUAAUUUUAUAACCAAUUUGUACUGUUUUCCAGCGUUUCUGAGAGUACUAUAUUACUGCAUUAGAUGCACCCUGCCACUCUUUACUAUGUGCAUGCCUAUGAAAAAGUGUAAAGUUUGAUUUAUAUGCAAGUGUCUUAGAAAUACAGAGAACCAGUUGAGGUUUCUAUUGGUUUUUUUAAUAACUGACCAACAAUGAAUUUUUACAAUUUCUUAAUUUUUUUUUAAACUUUGCAGACUACCGUGUUAAAGCACAAGACCUGGAGAUCAUUGUGUUGUAGAGACUAGCAUUUGCACUGUAUUAACAGUCAAACUGUGUGUACAGUCUCAGACUCAUGAGGAAGUGUCAGAAUCAAUAGGCUUCCUUGAGAGUUUACUUUUCUAUCCGUGUGUGUGUAAUUUUGAAUCAUUUGUCUUUCAAGGUUGACUAGUUUAAGGGGAUGAUGCCUUUGUGUCUUACAUUAAGAUCAGACAUCACAACUUAGCUAGGGAAGGUUCUCCUUUAUAUGCAUUACAGUAACUUAGUGACCUUUAAAAAGAUUCUUGUUAGAGUAAGCGUAGCAAUAAUAGUUGAUUUUUCACAUAUUUUUGUCAAGAACAAGUUUGUUUGUCUAUCUCCUUCCUCCUUAUGGUGUCCUUUUUACUGAUGGAUUUAACUAGCACUACGGAUGUAUGGCUAGAUUUUCAAACCAGUUCAGCUCCCAUUUAGGGACCUAAUGGAAGUAGUUAGAUUUUUCAAAGUGCUCAGCACCUACAAGUUCAUUGAACUCUGGGAGUUAGUGGGUGCUGAGUACUUGAAAGUUUAACCACUUCAUUUAGGUGCAUAAAUGGGAGCUGAGCUGCUCUGAAAAUCUAGCUUGUAUACGGUAAGCCAUGCUUUUUUAUUUUUUUUUAAGUUUUUUAAAAAACAAACAAGCCAGAAACAUGGGGCAUUGGUGCCUUUUGUCCUUUGGAUUUUCUGAGGAGAUGAGGUGGAGAGGUAAUAAAAAGAUAAACAUAGUAAGAUUCUAGUAAGUACUAAGGCUUUGGAACACUGAAUGAGCCAGUGUUCAAAUGCGUACAGAAGCAGGUGGGAAUGCCAACAGUUAUUUGAAGAAAACAGUCCUGCAUGGGAAAGCUUUUCAUACUGUGUAGUGGGCAAAUACUUAGAUAGCACAGGACAAGAUGACAAUACAACAUAAGUGUGUGUUAAACAUUAAUAUAGCUUCCAUUAAAUACAGCUUUCAGUUUGAUUCCAGUUGUACAUGAGACCACUCAAAAGACUCCAAUAUACCUCUAUCAUACGAGAUGUAUAUGGAUAAAGCUUUAAUACUAUGAGAAGUAGGAGUCCAAGAUUUGUAAUGAAUAUUUCGUUAUUAAAAGAAGUCAGUCCCCAACGUUGGAGUCUGAUUUUUCAUGCCUUGCAGCUUGCAUAGUCAUUUUUAUAUGUGCAUGGUGUAAGCAUGACUACUCACUUUACACAGGUGUGAAUGCAGGUGCAAGGCCAUAGUCAUUUUGGGGGGGCAGAGAGAGGUGAAUUUUAUUAUAAAGUAAAAGUACUAAGGCAGUUAAUUUACUGUAAUGUCAGAUGGAAAUAUUUCCCCAAGCAAGCUAUUGCAUAAACACUGAAUAAUGUACUGAUCUGUCCUCUGGCCUUCCUUAUGCCUGGAGGAAGAGGGCAUGACUUUUUAUAAAAUCAUGGAAUUUUUGCAAUACACAAUCGUGAAAUAAGCUACAAAAUGACUAGAGAAUAAAUUAAGGCCCCAGUCUGGCAACAAGCCCUGGCAGGUCCUGAUACAAUUGAACAGGGCUCCACUGAAAUGGGCUGGGUUUGCUGCAGAUAUGUUUGGAGCUCAUUGCAAGAUUGAGGUUAUGUGUUUCCUCACUUUUUUUUUUUAAGUUAUGCCCCCAAUACCAAACAAAAAAAAACCACAGCUGGUAAGUUCUUCUCAUAAUUCACAUUUCAUUUUGGUUACUGAAAACUAUUCCCCCUCUGUCUGAAGAACAGCACAGGUGAUGAUGAUGACCUGACUGAAUUUAGAGGAUUUCCUUUUCCUGUGUUCUGGAGAGGGUUCCUUGUAGUGAAACAUAAGGCUUCAUUACAGCCCACAACCUUUCCGUUUUGUGUAUUUAUCGUCUUAUUGCUUUAAAAUAGGUUUUGAAUAGGAUGGGGGUGUGAGGGAGGUUAGGUGUGGGGGUAAAGAAUGGGGGGAAAAAAUCAUGGUUUGUAUUAGUGUAAAAUUUUAAGCCAUUAUGAUCAAUAGAAUUUCAGUUCUAAAACAAUGUGUACUGCUCAGUGUUUUGUGACCUUGUAAGCAUAAGCCAACUGUUAGCUUACACAACAGGUUCCUCAUUAAUGAAGUGAUAAGGAAAAUAAGGUUUAGUUAAGCAACAGAAGCCUUGAUUUUUAACUGUACUUUGGUGCCAUUAGAUAUACUUGAUUUUGAAAAAAUAUUUGUUUUUCUACAGUACCCUGACUAUUUCUUCCAACUUGAUGAUGUGAUUUUACCAGCAUCCAGAGUGUUUUGGCUUAUGUGGUUUAUCUGAACAUCUAACUUGCUACACCGAAGCUUUUCUAAGCUAUAAAGCUGUGACAUUAUUUUGUACUUGGUUUGUUUGUUUUGAAGUACAAGUGAAUUUUAUUCAUUCUCUUCAAAUUUGCUCUUGCACUUGCAUUUUUGUCUUACCUUUAAAACUGUGAUUCCAACUGCCGAUUUUUCUAGCUCAUUGCAAACUUGGCAAACGAUAUUCUGGACGAAUACAUGUGCAUGGCUCUGAGUCUUGCUUUUCUCAUCACUUGUAUGUUUAUGUGCAGCAUGGAACUUUAAUAAAAUGUCUUGGUCUUUU